AUGGGGUCAGUGUUGGAAGGGGUGUUUCCCUACAGAGCGUUGGGGGAGGAGAGUUCUUCUUCUUCAUCGAAUCCAACGGACGCCGUGAUUUUUGUUGGGAUUUGUUUGGUUAUGGGCAUAGCUUGUAGGCAAUUACUUCGGGGGACCAGGGUCCCUUACACCGUCGCUUUGCUCAUCCUUGGCAUUGCUCUUGGAUCUUUAGAACAUGGUACAAGUAAUAAAUUGGGAAAGAUUGGUGAUGGCAUACGCCUUUGGGCAAAUAUUGAUCCUAAUCUUCUAUUGGCUGUUUUUCUGCCUGCGCUUCUUUUUGAGAGUUCAUUCUCAAUGGAGGUGCACCAAAUAAAGAGAUGUAUGGUACAAAUGCUUAUACUGGCUGGGCCAGGUGUUCUGGUUUCGACCUUCUGUCUUGGAUCUGCUUUAAAGUUCACUUUCCCUUAUGACUGGAGCUGGAAAACUUCAUUGUUGCUCGGGGGACUUCUUAGUGCCACGGAUCCUGUGGCUGUUGUGGCUCUACUGAAAGAGCUUGGUGCAGGCAAAAAACUGAGCACAAUAAUUGAAGGGGAAUCCUUGAUGAAUGAUGGGACAGCUAUUGUGGUCUAUCAGCUAUUCUAUCAAAUGGUCCUUGGCAAGAGCUUUAACUUUGGUGCUGUAGUUAAAUUUCUAACACAAGUGUCACUUGGAGCUGUAGGCAUUGGUCUUGCUUUUGGGCUAGCAUCUGUCUUGUGGCUCGGGUUUAUCUUUAAUGAUACAGUGAUAGAGAUUACAUUGACUCUUGCUGUGAGCUACAUUGCUUACUUCACUGCUCAAGAAGGGGCUGAUGUUUCUGGUGUUUUGGCAGUAAUGACUUUGGGGAUGUUUUAUGCUGCAGUUGCUAAGACAGCUUUUAAGGGUGAUGGUCAACAAAGCUUGCAUCAUUUUUGGGAGAUGGUUGCUUAUAUUGCUAAUACAUUAAUUUUCAUCUUGAGCGGAGUUGUUAUAGCAGAAGGUGUUCUGGGAAGCAAUGAUAUUUUCAAAAACCAUGGAAAUUCAUGGGGCUACCUCAUUCUUCUUUAUGUUUAUGUCCAAGUCUCUCGGAUUGUAGUUGUUGGAGUCUCAUAUCCCUUUCUGUGGUAUUUUGGCUAUGGCCUGGAUUGGAAGGAAGCUAUUAUCCUCAUAUGGUCAGGCUUGCGAGGAGCUGUGGCAUUGUCACUUUCACUGUCAGUUAAGCGUGCUAGUGACAGUUCAUCAUAUCUCAGUUCAGAAACAGGAACACUGUUUGUUUUCUUCACUGGUGGAAUUGUAUUCCUGACACUUAUUGUGAAUGGCUCAACCACACAAUUUAUUUUACAUCUUCUCAACAUGGAUAAGCUAUCAGAAGUAAAGAGGCGCAUAUUGGACUAUACAAAAUAUGAAAUGUUGAACAAAGCAUUGGAGGCCUUUGGUGAUCUUGGAGAUGAUGAGGAACUAGGACCUGCUGACUGGCCCACAGUCAAAAGAUAUAUUGCAAGCUUAAAUGAUGUAGAAGGGGGACUUGUACACCCUCAUACUGUAUAUGAAAGUGAUAAUAAUCUGUACCCUACAAAUUUGAAAGAUAUACGCAUACGCCUUUUGAAUGGUGUUCAAGCUGCGUACUGGAGGAUGCUUGAUGAGGGGAGGAUAACACAAACUACUGCAAAUCUUUUGAUGCAAUCAGUGGAUGAAGCACUCGACUUGGUUUCUGAUGAACCUUUAUGUGACUGGAAAGGUUUAAAAGCUAAUGUUAAUUUCCCAAAUUAUUACAGAUUCCUUCAAACAAGCAUCUGUCCACAAAAGCUUAUUACAUAUUUCACGGUGGAAAGGUUGGAAUCUGCAUGUUACAUCUGUGCUGCAUUUUUACGUGCCCACAGAAUUGCACGACGUCAACUACUUGACUUCAUUGGUGAUAGUGAAAUUGCAUCUACUGUCAUUAAUGAAAGUGAAGCAGAAGGAGAAGAAGCAAGAAAGUUCCUGGAAGAUGUCCGUGUUACAUUUCCUCAGGUUUUGCGUGUUGUGAAAACCAGGCAAGUAACUCAUUCAGUGCUGCUACAUUUAAUUGAUUAUGUGCAAAAUCUUGAGAAAAUUGGAUUGUUGGAAGAAAAGGAGAUGUUCCAUCUUCAUGAUGCUGUCCAGACAGACUUAAAAAAGCUUUUAAGAAAUCCUCCUUUGGUAAAGAUUCCAAGAAUGCGUGAUAUGAUUACAACCCAUCCUUUGUUGGGGGCCCUUCCUUCUGCAGUCCGUGAACCACUUGAAAGUUCUACCAAGGAAAUAAUGAAAGUACGUGGUGUGGCACUUUACAGAGAGGGUUCAAAGCCAAGUGGUAUCUGGCUCAUAUCUAGUGGAGUGGUCAAGUGGGCGAGUAAGAGCAUAAGAAACAAGCACUCAUUGCGUCCAACAUUUACGCAUGGGAGUACUUUGGGACUAUAUGAAGUGCUAAUUGGAAAGCCUUAUAUAUGUGACAUGAUAACAGAUUCAGUGGUACUAUGUUUUUUUGUUGAGACUGAUAAAAUAAUGUCAAUGCUCAGGUCAGAUCCUGCAGUAGAAGAUUUCCUGUGGCAGGAAAGUGCUAUAGUUCUUGCAAAACUCUUGCUUCCUCAAAUAUUUGAGAAAAUGGCAAUGCAAGAUUUGAGAGCCCUUGUUGCAGAAAAGUCAAUAAUGACCAUAUAUAUAAGUGGAGAAACUAUAGAAAUACCUCACUAUUCCAUUGGUUUUUUAUUAGACGGAUUCAUAAAAGGCCAAGAAGAACUGAUUACAUAUCCCGCUGCACUGAUGCCUUCCCAUAAUCUCAGUUUCCGAAGUCUAGAUACAUCAGGUGCCAAGGUAGCUGGUUCUUCUCAUCAAGGAUCUCCGUAUCAAGUUCAGACGAGAGCAAGAGUAAUCAUUUUCGACAUUUCAGCAUUUGAAGCAGACCGUGGUCUUCAAAGAAGGUCAUCCUCAUUGGUUCCUCAUUCAGCCGAUCAACCUUCAAGAUCUCUCAGUAGAGAACAUGGUGAUCUUAUGAGUUGGCCUGAACAUUUCUACAAGCUAAGGCAAGACAAUCAGAGCACUGAAGGGGACCGUUGGAAAUCGAACAGCUUGUCUUAUAAGGCAAUGCAACUAAGCAUUUUUGGCAGCAUGGUUGGAACGCAUCAGCACAUUAGAAGUUUUCAAAGCAGUCGAGUUAAGCCAUCACACAGCCUGUCAUACCCAAGAGUGCCAACAACUCAUGCCCCCCCACUUGUAUCUGUCAGAUCAGAAGGGCCUGCUACUGCGAGGAGAGGCAUUGAUAUGGGAAAGUUAACAGGACAAAAUCUGAAGCCCCCACUCCAAGGUACACCACACACAAAAGAGACUCAUGAAGUAGAUGAUUCGAGUGAGGAGUCAGGAGUUGAGGAUGAACUCCUUGUGAGAAUUGAUUCACCGAGCAAGCUUUCUUUUCAUCAGGCUCCUUGA